AUGGCGACGCUUAGAAUAUCAGCGCUGACUCUCUCUCGCAAGGCGACGAGCGUUGCUCGGGCCCAACUAUGCUUCCGGGCAUUCCAGAAAACAUGCGGGCGACCAAGUCUGUCUCCAGCUCGCGCUAGAUAUUAUUCUAUCGAGUACACCACAAUCCAGAAACCAGCUCGUGCUCCAAAGAUUGACCGAGCGGCUUCGAAACUUUUCAAAAAUGCGGACGAGGCGGUGGCUGACAUCAAGAGCGGGUCGACAAUCCUCAGUUCCGGCUUUGGCCUUUGUGGAGUUGCAGACACGAUCAUAACGGCAAUUGCUCGUCGAGGGGCCGAAAGCGUCCACUCAAUCACAGCAGUCUCGAACAAUGCCGGCGCGCCGGGCAAAGGCGGGCUCUCUACACUGACACAGUCCGGCCAGGUUGACCGACUCAUCAUAUCGUAUCUUGGGAAUAAUAAAGCGCUGGAGCAGAAAUACCUCACUGGAAACAUUGCUAUUGAACUGUGCCCUCAAGGAACCUUGGCAGAGCGCCUGCGUGCAGGAGGAGCUGGGAUUCCAGCUUUCUAUACUGCUACCGGAGCCCACACCUUCCUUCAAGAUGGUAAGAUUCCUGUGCGUCUUGAUGCAUCAGGCAAUGUAUUGGAGCAUGGCAAACCCCGAGAAACAAGAAUUUUCAAUAAAAAGAAUUAUCUGAUGGAGACUGCACUUACGGGCGAUGUUGCUAUCCUCCGAGCCUGGAAGGCAGACGAGGCUGGAAACUGCGUUUUCCGCUACACCACCAAGGCAUUCGGACCUAUCAUGGCCAAGGCGGCGAUUCUCACGAUUGUCGAGGCGGAAAACAUCGUUCCUGUCGGUUCAAUCGACCCCAAUGAUGUUGAUUUGCCUGGCAUCUUCGUGAACAGGAUUGUCCCUUCGACGAGCGAGAAGCAAAUCGAGAUCAAGAAGCUUCGACAACCGAAAGAAGUUGACUCUACGGCAUCAAGUAAAUCUUCAGCCAUUAUUCAAAGGAACCGAAUUGCGAAGCGAGCAGCGAAGGAGCUCAAGCAAGGGUACUAUGUGAACCUGGGAGUUGGAAUUCCUACUCUAGCACCCUCCAUGUUGCCUGAGGGUGUCAAGGUUUGGAUUCAGUCAGAGAAUGGAAUCCUCGGCAUGGGGCCGUACCCUACCGAAGAUGAAGUCGAUGCUGACAUCAUCAACGCCGGCAAGGAGACCGUUACCCUGGUGCCUGGCGCCGCGACCUUCGACAGCACCGAGUCUUUUGGGAUGAUUCGGGGCGGCCACGUCGACGUUUCAGUUCUAGGAGCUCUUCAAGUGAGCGCGAAUGGCGAUCUCGCCAACUAUAUGAUACCGGGAAAGGUCUUCAAGGGCAUGGGCGGAGCCAUGGAUCUAAUUUCUAACCCCGAUCAAACCAAGAUUGUCGUCGCGACUAGCCACACCGCGAAAGACGGCUCGUCCAAGAUUGUUGCUAAAUGCGCUCUCCCGCUGACAGGAGCUAACUGUGUUAGCACGAUUAUCACGGAACUGUGUGUGUUCCAAGUCGAUCGAGAGAAAGGCGAGCUCACCCUGACUGAGCUCGCGCCUGGGGUAGAUGUUGAUGAAGUUAGGGAGAAGACGGAUGCUCUUUUCCAUGUUGCGGAUGAACUAGAGAUUAUGGAGUAG